AUGGCUUCAGACGAUCCGUCAAGUCACCUCGCCGAGUCUGGCAUCACCAUGCAUUCAGACAGCGAGCAAUACUCUCCAGGCGAAGAGCUCUCCACAUCACCCGCGAGCUCUGGCUCUCCCGUCAUUCUCUACAAGCCACCGACUGUUUGGUCAUUAAUACGAGGUGCCGCCAUCAACCUAUUGUUACCGUUUAUCAAUGGCAUGAUGCUGGGAUUUGGAGAGCUAUUCGCUCAUGAAGCUGCUUUCAGAUUAGGCUGGGGAGGUACCAAGGUUUUCCCCAUGUCACGAAGACGGGCUCACCCCAUCGGCCCAGGUAUCGAGGUCCGGGAACAGCGACAAAGACCAGGACCAUCAUUGGACGAUUUGGCGAGCUUGGAAUAG